CAGUAGAUUUCUCAGCAGCUGAUAUUGGAGAGACUGAAUUCGAGAUGCGGCAGCACUGGCUCCUGCGGCGCGCGGCAGCUGCGGUGGCAGCCGUGGCGGCGCUGUUGGCGGCACGGGCGGCGGCGGAGUCUGCGCAGUUGUGCGCGUCGCCGGGCGCCACCAGCGUCGUGCUGUCUGUGUCGACGCGUCGCAACGCCACGGGUCACUGGAACAUCGCGGUGGAUGUGCAGAGCGACGCGGACAGGCGUUUGAAUUCGCGACCGCAUGAGCGCGGCGUGGCUCUCACACUGGGCCAGCACACGGCCCUCUGCAACCUCACCGACUCCGUCCACCUCUUCGCCACGGCCUCCGGUACUUCUCUGAAGGAAGAAGGUUACAUGCAGUGGGACAGCGGUCAACCUAGCGGAGGGACGUCGCACAAUUGUGGUAUCGCCAACGCCUAUGGCCGCCUCAUGACUCAUCCUUGUACCAACAGAUACGCAUACAUCUGCGAGUUUGGAGCGUAGUUGGAAAGUCAUUUGACUCUUAGGAAUGCCACAACACCACAUGCAUCGCAGUUUUGGCCUGUUUCCUGACACGAAGUCACGAUCUCUGGAGGGAGAAACUUGAAAUUGGCAACACACGAAACAAUGUGUCGUUUUUUAGCCGUCCAGUCAUUUGGAACUUGUGGUGACUUUGGUACUCCAGUAGUUUGAACUCUCUACGUAGGAGUGAAAGUGCGCAGAAGAGAAUGGCAAAGCAGACUAAUUUGUUGGUAGCAGCGCGUAUUGUACGCAGAGAGUUAAUAUAAAGUAAAUAGAAUGUAGAUUGUACGUUAUGUACACGUACAGUUCCUCAAAAGUAUUCGUUGCGAUAAAUUGCAGCCCACAACCCUGAAUAUUUGUGUACACAAGACUACAUCACUCAUUAGUUUCUGCAAUUUUUGUUCACUUUAUUAAUCUAUGAUAUAUGUUACAAAAUUUGUAAUGUUGAUCUUGAAACUGUCUCUGUCAGAGGACUCUCACACGGUUCAUUGGCACCAAUAUUCAUCUGAUGAGUAUAUAAUAUUGAAAAUGGAUCCUUAAUCGUCUGGAUCUAUCUUGAACCACGCAGGCUGGUUUUACUGAGGAGAAGUAUGACUCCCUGAGUGCCCUCAGUUGGGUUCACCAAUACCUUCUAUUACUAGUAAUAUAACAAAAAUCAGUGGCGGUUGGUGCCCCCCAAAAAUGGAUUCUACGAAUAGAAUUUCCAAAAUUCAGAACACUAAUACAUGUAAGCAACUCAUGUGAAUUCAUGAAAACUAAGUUUAAUAAAAAUAUAUAUUCAACAUUAUCUAAUAAAUAAUUUACUUACAACCAUACAUUUACUAUUACUUAAAAGAUAACUUACAUAAUUUUCUGCACAGACUCCAUGUCAUAUCUCUAGUACACAUAGUUCCCACUUUCAUUUCCCUGAUCAUUCCAGUUUGUAUAUUAGUUCUACAUUGAGAUAACAGCAGGUAAUAUAAGUCAUACAAAAUAAAAAUGGACUAGGGUUCAAAAAUAUGGCAAUCAUUUUCUAGCACUCUGCCACAAGCACUACUGCUUGGGCAGGUUUUACAAAAGAUCUUUCCAUUGUUUUUGUUGUUAUUGCUGCUACUGUUGGUGAAGAUAAUAAAAUAAAAUAAUUUUAUUUUGAAAAUGAACCUCUCCUAGUAAUGUUUGCA